AGGAAAUAAAACCGCAAUAAAAAUAGCACAUUAAACUCUCAAGGUACAUUGCGUAAGUUGUGGCAACAAUGGCAGAGAGCGAUUUAGAGAUAGAGACGACUGAUUUAGAGGAGACCUUCAACAGAGCUACCAAAUAUUUGCAGACGUUAGUGUCGGAAUUGGAUUCAGGACAAUUGCUUGCAUUUUAUGGUCUGUAUAAGCAAGCGACCGUAGGCUCAUGUGAUAUUCCAAGACCCAAUUGGUAUCAAGUACAAGCGAAGCACAAAUGGGAAGCAUGGAAGAAUCUCGGAGAUAUGAGCCGUGAGACAGCGAUGGCGAAUUAUAUUCACGCGAUUACGAGAAUAAACCCAUCAUGGGACGAAGAGGAGAAGGCCGAGUCUCCAAAAUGGAUUGUCUUCAGCAAGCUGUCGUGCGGGAGCGUGGAGUUGAACGACGAAGACAAGACUUUUUUAGAUUGGAUCAAGGAGGGUAAUGAGGCGAAAGUGCGAGAAUUUUUAAGCGGCGAGCCCACGCUCGUUAAUAAGCCGGAUGAGGAGGGCAUGCACCCCAUACAUUGGGCCGCGGAUCGGGGCUAUCUCGGCAUCCUGGAUUACUUGAUUAAAAACGGUGCGAAUGUGAAUUCGCGGGAUCAAUACGGGCAAACGGCCCUUCACUACGUGGUAAGUUGCGAUCAUGUGGACGCGGUCAAGUACUUGCUUUCGAUCGGAGCGCAAUCAAACAUAGCGGAUAACGACGGUGUAACACCCAAAGAAAUUGCGAAUGAGCAGAUCUCGGCUCUUUUGUAACGCUAUACAACGUUAUAUCUGUCUGUACACAAGCACAUCUGCGUUUAUAAUUGUCAUAACUCUGCGUAUCUUAAUAAAUUCAGUCUAUUGACAAUCUCACAUGGAA